CUUGCUGGGACAGGGACGUUGCGACUGCUCAGCUAUCACCACCCAGCACACCCUGCCCGCCAUGGCCAAGAACCAGCUCGUCGACUCGAGCGACGACGACGACCACCUCGACACGGAGGCCGACCUCUCGUUCAAGGUCAACGACGCCUUUGCCGAGAAGUACGACCUCAAGAAGCGUGGAGAGGAGCUGUCCAAGCUCCAGGACAAGUACGGCAAGGACUUCCAGCUCGGCGACGACGACGACGAGGACGACGAGACCGACUACUCGACCGACGACGAAGACGCCGAGCUCGUCACGCCCGAGGUCGAUGCCGCCAUCCUCCGCACCCUCGCCAAGAUCCGCGCAAAGGACCCGAGCGUGUACGAGGACGGCCGCAACGUGUUUGACGAGGAAGAAGCCGCAACCGCCGCCGCUCGCGGGUCCGGCAAGGGCUCGUCGUCGCGCACCAAGACCUCGUCCUCGUCGUCCAAGCCCGUCCUCCUCAAGGACUACCAGCGCGCGCGCCUCCUCGCCAACCCCGAGGGCGACGAGGCUCUCGACGACGCUGCCGACGGCGUGCCGCGCACCCACGCCGAGGAGCAGCGCGCCCUCAAGCGCGAGAUCACGGCCGCGUUCCACGCCGGGUCGGACGACGACGACGACGACGACGAGGCGGGCGGUGACGGCAGCGAGGACGACGACGGCCUGUUCCGCCCGAGGGAGAAGGACGACGACGAGCGUUUGAGGGAGGAGCGCGAGUACGAGAAGUUCCUCGAGACGGCCGUCGGAAAGAAGGCCGUCAAGCAGGCGCUCGGCGACGACAAGGAGGAGGCUUUCCUGCGCAGCUACAUCAUGAACCGCGGCUGGAUCGACCGCGAGAACGACUCGUCGCACAUCCCGUCCUACGACGAGGUCGUCGGCAACCCCAAGGCGUCGUCGUCGACCAAGAAGGGCAAGGCGCGCGCGGCCGACGGCGAGGACGAGUUCGACGCCGACGGUCACCUCCUCAACCCGGCGGCGCACGACGACGACGACGACGAGCUCGACGACGUCGCCGAGGAGUUCGAGCACAAGUACAACUUCCGCUUCGAGGAGAACGGUGGCGCCGACCUCGUCACGCACGCCCGUGACGCCGCCUCGUCCGUCCGCAAGCCCACGACGGCCGUCUCGGCGCGAGCACGUGCGCGCGAGGCGGCCAAGCAGCGCAAGGAGGAGGAGGCGCUCCAGCGCAAGGAGGAGCUGCGCCGGCUCAAGGCGCUCAAGCGCAAGGAGGUCGAGGACAAGCUCCAGCAGCUCGCCGAGGCGGCCGGCGCGGGCACCAAGGGCCUCGACGAGAUCGACCUCGAGGGCGAGUGGGACGAGGCCAAGCACGAGGAGGCGAUGCGCAAGGUGUACGGCGCCGACUACGAGGACCUCGAGGACGACGGCUUCAAGCCGACUUGGGACGACGACAUCGACAUUGGCGACAUCGGCGGCUCGGACGAGGACGAGGACGACGCCGCGCUCCACUUGCCGUUCGAGCCUGUCGCGUCGACCUCUGCGCUGCCUGCCGGCGACGGCGACGACCUCGAGAUGGACGUCGACGGCGACGAGGCGCCCAAGCUGAGCAAGAAGGAGCGCAAGCAGGCCAAGAAGGACAAGAAGGCCAAACGCGACGAGGAGGGCCUCCCGACCGAGCUCGUCGAGGCCGUCAAGUCGACGGGCGACGCCGACAAGGUGCAGGCGGUCGACCGCCUCGUCGACGAGUACUACGCGCUCGACUACGAGGACAAGGUCGGCGACCUGCGCACCCGGUUCAAGUACGCCAAGGUGCCCGCCUCGUCGUUCAACCUCACGCCAGAGGAGAUCCUGCUCGCGACCGACGCCGAGCUCAACGCCUUCAUGUCGCUCAAGAAGCUGGCGCCGUACCGCCAGGACAGCGCGUCGUGGCAGGCCAAGCAGGCGCAGAAGCAGCGCAAGCAUCUCAAGGAGCUGCGCGACACGCUCAAGACGCGCAAGUGGGGCGACGAGGUCGACGAGGAGCAGGCGGCGCGCGCGCUCGAGAAGCGUCGCGACAAGAAGCGGCGGUACCGCGAGAACGCCGAGAAGCGGGCCGCCGAGGCGGGCUCUGCUGGCGGCGGCGAGGGCGCAGGCGGCGGCGAGGGCGCAGGUGGACGAGGCGAGGACGGCGAGCCGCCGAAGAAGAAGAAGCGGGCGGGCAAGUCGGAGCGCAAGCGGCUGCAGAAGGAGAGGGGCGCGGGCGAGGCCGGAGCGCAGGAGUAGAACCCCUCUCUUGUGCGUCGGCGAUGCACUGCAGCGUCGUCUCAUGCCUUCAG